AUGUCCAGCACCACCAAACCCAAAGUUUUAAGACUUGGAAAAGUCAUAUAUGCCCACCAGAAGUGGGAGGAGUUGGAGAAGGUGGCGGAAGUGAUAACUUGUACCUCCAAGAACAGAGACGAGUUCUUCCAAGACUUGAAAGGCAAGUACAGCGAUGUGGUCAGCAUCACCAGGACCUUUGCCAGUGUGGAGCAAACAGGCAGAUUCGACGAAGAGUUGGUGCUGCACUUACCAGCAUCAGUCAAAACCGUCAGCCAUUGUGGCGCAGGCUACGACCAGGUGGAUGCUGAACCAUUGAAGCAAAGGGGCAUACAAUUGUCCAACGUCACAGUGCCAGUGGAGGCUCCUACUGCUGAUACCGCCAUUUACUUGAUUUUGGCUGCCUUGAGAAACUUCCAAAUUGGCCACAACCACUUGGUGGCAGGCCAGUGGGGCAAGUCCCCACGUCCGCCUAUCGGCAGAACCCCAGAAGGCAAGACCAUUGGGUUGUUGGGAAUGGGUGGAAUUGGUAGAGCCAUCAGGGACAGAUUGAAGCCAUUUGGUUUUGAGAAGAUCACUUACUACAACCGUUCCAGAUUGAGUGAGGAAUUAGAGGCCGGGGCUGUUUACACUCCUUUGGACCAAUUGCUCAGAGAGUCCGACAUCGUGGUGGUUGGAAUUCCAUUGAAUGCAAAGACCAAACACAGCAUCAACAAGGAAACCUUUGACAAGAUGAAGGACGACGCUAUCCUCAUCAAUAUUGCAAGAGGAGCAAUCAUAGAUGAAAAGGAGUUGAUCGAAGCACUCAAGCAGGGCAAAAUCGGUGCCUUUGGAGCCGAUGUGUUCGAGCACGAGCCUGAGGUGCCCAAGGAAUUGUACGAAUUGCCCAACGUCGUCAGCUUGCCUCACAUGGGUACCUACGCCUACGAGGCCACCAAGAAUAUGGAGGAAUGGGUGGUGCAGAACGUGGAGGAGUUCUUGAAGACAGGCAAGGUCAAGACCAUUGUGCCGGAGCAGUAUGACAUGGAGAUCAAGAAGUAG